UGGUUUCCUCAACGAGAAGAAGUGGAUUCGUUUGCCUCAAGUGAAAACAGGAAAAAACUGACUGACCAGCUGACUGGAUUUUCUCCGAAUAAGUUCAUCACCAGAGCAAAUAUCCACGAGAUAUUAUUGUGCUGUUCUUCACCUUUCUGUGACAAUGAGCAACUUGACCGCCCUGUCAGCGUCUUCUGCAAAUUCCACCUUUGUCCGUCCUGCUACAUUCUUCAUCAAAGGCUUUUCAAAUUUUCCACAAGCAAAGUAUUACUAUGUCUUCUUGUGUGUGGUUUAUGCUGUGACUGUUUUUGGGAAUUCUUUCAUUAUGUGCGUCAUCUAUUUAGCCCGCAGACUUCACACGGCCAAAUACAUUGCUGUCUUUCACUUGGCUUUUACUGAUCUGUGUGGAAGCUCGGCUGUGAUCCCAAAGCUCCUGGAUAUGUUUUUGUUUGAGCAUCAGUACAUUUCAUAUAUUGAAUGCUUGACAAAUAUGUUUUUUGUAUUUCAUUUCAUGAACCUGCAGUCUUUAACGCUGCUCGCCUUGGCUUUUGACAGAUUGAUCGCUAUUUGUUAUCCACUAAAGUAUCAUGCCAUCAUAACCAAAUCAACCAUGUCAUUCAUCAUAGUUGGAAUGUGGAUUUUUUCAUUUGCUUUAUUUGCUGUACUUGCAGGUUUGAUCAACAGGCUGUCGUUUUGUAGAUCUACAGCGGUCAAUAGUUAUUUCUGUGAUCACGGGCCUGUCAUUAGCCUCUCCUGUAAUAGUAAUUUUAUCAAUUAUUUGUUAGCAUAUAUUUCAUUUGGUCUCUUGAUUUGCAUGCCAGUGUUGCUGGUUGCCAUCUCAUAUUUGUGCAUUGCCGCAGCACUGCUUAAACUUGCGCAUGGUGCAGAUCGUAAAAAAGCCAUGAAAACAUGCACUUCUCAUCUUGCAUUAGUGGCUAUAUUUUAUCUCCCGAUUUUAAGCGUAAACGUUAAAUCUAUCUCAACAUCUAUUGAUCCAGAUGCCCGUAUUAUUAAUACUUCCCUGACACAGAUUAUACCACCCAUGUUGAAUCCCAUCAUAUACACCCUAAAGACAGAAGAGGUCAUGCAAUCUAUAAAAGAUCUGUAUAAACGAAACAAAGUAAACACCUCUGUAGUAAUAAAUGUGAAACUGAAUAAAUGAGAAGCUAUAAAUAGAUCUAGAUUUAUUCUUUGUACUUUAACCUUUCAGUAUGGAAGUACAGAAAAGUAUACAUUUUUGCCUUUACAUC